CUGUCAAAUUGUGAUCCUCCUAGUUUGUUUUGCAUAUUGUUUACGUCUGUGGUGGCAAUUACCAGCAACACUUGUGGGCAAACUUUCAGUUAUGUAUCCUGUAAAAGAUGUUCUUUGGAUGCCAGAGCAAAAUAGGGAUCCCAGUGCAAUAUUAAUAUUUAAUUUUGUGGUCAUAAAUUAUUGCACAGAUCUCCUAUUUUGCAAGUCAUCAAUUAUGCAUAUUAUUUAAAGUAUUUAUUGUUAUUGCAAUGUAGUGUUUCGAACCAGAAGAAGACACAACAUUUACUGGAUAAUAGAACACAAACAGCCAGUCAGGUGUGGCGACCAUUUGUGUACCUCUGCAGGCAAUUUGUGAAACUAGACCAAUAUGAAAAUUUUCCAUCCUCAUCUGAGACAUCUGUGACAUUCUAUUCAGCCUGGAUGUUACCAAGGGAACUGCUGUGUUUUAAAGCAAUUGAUUGUCAACAGGAUUUUCACAGUUAAAAUUCAAAUAGCUAAUCUGGUCUCAACCAUCAGACGUUCAUCAAUAAUUCUAAAAGUACAAGAUGUCACACUUUAUCUUUGAUCAUCAUUAAUUGAAAUAAAGGACCAGUUCCCUCCUCUAGGACUAAUGAGUAGCAGCAUCAUGUUUGGGGUUGUCAGCUGGUCCUCACCUUACUGGACAGCUGCAGAUCAUGUUCAGUUAGUUGGUUUGGUGACAUCUGGGAGGGCUCUUCAGAUCAGAAGCCUCCUGUGUGAGACCAACAUCUGUGGGAAUCCGGAAAAAUGAUCUGGAGGGAAGUUUGUCUCUACCUUUUGUGUAAUGUGAUCAAACGAUGCUUCUGCACUGGUCUUCAUGCACACAUCAUGCCAUUUUCCAGUAUGAGUCACCUGCAGAUGGACCAAACUCUGUGUCCUCAAAAUAAAGAUGAGAAUGGCCAAUUUCCAGGAUUUUACAUAAUGACUCAGUUCAACAUUGCGGAGUUGGCCAGGAGAGGGACGGUGAAGAAGGUGCCUGGAACAACAUCUCAGCAUAUUGCAUAUAAGAUUGGCCCAGAGUUCAACUUCAGGAUAAACACCAGAUCUGCAUUUCCCAUGGGGCUGCCUGAGGAAUUUGCAUUUUCUGCAACCUAUCGAAUGAGUGGAAAUACACAGAGUAAGAGUUGGAAUUUGUGGCAACUGCAAGAUCUGAAUGGAAACGAACAGCUUGCAGUCAGACUCAACGGGGAGGCCCUGUCUGUGGAGUUCUCCUACAGAACCCAAGAGAACAGACAGAUGACGGCUUUAUUCCCUUACCAAACCCUCCUCUUCAAUUCUCAGUGGCACGAGAUUUUAUUGCUUGUCAAAAAAGGUUCUGUGAGCCUGAUAACAGACUGUACAGCAACAGAUUCACAGCAGCUGGCACCUAGAAGACAAGUAAACCUAGAUGGAUUCACGCAUAUUGGAAAACUGAGGGACAAUUCAGCAGUAGCUGUACCGUUUGAGCUGCAGUCGAUGCUGAUACACUGCGACUUAUUAAACAUCCCGCAGAGAGACACAUGCGGCGACCUUCCUGCAAGGAGGGAGGUGAGACAUGUCUAA